AUGAUGUUUCUAAGUCACUUUUCCACCGGCACUGACAUCAAAUCCGCAGACGGAAUGCCGCUCUUCUAUGCGGAUAUUUCCUUGUUCACUCGCAACAAGCCUGACCUUAGCCUUCAUGCUAGUGCUAGCAACCAAGCGCAAAUUGUGGCCGUAUCCAACUCUCUGCAACUCUCUAGUGACUACAAAUUAGGCCUUGGAGAUCCCGGCAAUAUGAGCAGUGUCCAGUGGGAGGACAUGACCAAAGAGAAUAUCCAUAAUUCGAGAUACCGCUUUGAAAUGGCUGUUCCAAAUGAGCGAAUACAAUUAGCCGGAGCAAGACGGUCUUUUGUGUGGAAGAGAACACGCAGUAUUGGUGUUGGUGGUUCGGCAACGUCCAAAUGGACCACGCAAAACUAUAAGCUUGUGGAUGAGCGCUCUGGGCAGGUACUAGCCGUCUUUUCGGGCACCAGGAAACCGGGAAAAUGUGGGACAAUUCAAAUCAGAGUGGAAUACGGCGAGGAAUGUGAUCGAAUGGUCUUGAUUUCUUGUUUGAGUUUGUAUGAGAAAGCCAGAAGGCGCAACCACCUAGGGGCAGCAGGUGGCGGUGGAGGAGGUUGA